GGAAAUGAACGAUGAGCGAGUAAAUGAAGUGCCGGCGCCUGUAAAUAGAUAACGAAAAGUGUGCAUAUGCGAAUAGCAAAAGAAAACAAAAAUAAAUUUCAAAAGCAAAAAGGUUCAAAAAGCUAGUAAAAUAUCCAUAACCUUAAACGAUUGUGAGUAUAUUUAUAUGAGUAGCGUAUUUGAGCACAGUUCCAAAUAAAUAACGGUGUGAGCAUAGUGCAUGAAAAAGUGCUUACCAAUUAAAGUAUCGAGAAAAUAUCUUGUGAAAACGAAUUCGGGAAAAAAAUGUGAAAAAAUCGUGUGCAUAAAUAAAAAUAAGUGAAAGCAUUGUGGGGUUAGUUAGAAUUGCGACGUAAGUGUGUUGCAUGAAAAAUCGUUGGUCCACACUGAGCUGGAUUAUUUGUUAGCUCUAAAGACAAGUGAGUGAAUAUGAGUGGGUGUGUGCACGUAAAUCCGCCUACCAUCGCUAGCAAUUAGCUGACUGGUAGAGAAUCUAUCAAUUAUCAAUAUUCAAUCAAUAUUAGUGCAAGAGAACAACUUUUACUGUGCUUCCGAAAUAGGCCAUAAUACCAAACGAGUGCAAAAUCGAAUAUAUAAACCAACGCUAAAGAUAGUAUUUUCGUCGCCUACAAGCAAACACACAAGCAAGCAAAAACAAAAUUUGGUUAGAUCCAUUUUCGCACUUCCGAAUGUCAUGAUUCAUCAUCAUGUGGACGUACAUGAUGGCCGCAAGCCGUGGAGAACGGGCAAAUAUGAUGAUGUCUGCCUCAAGACGUCGCAAUGAGAGUGAAUCACCGAAAUAUGGUUACAACGCCGGCCGCUCAAUGCCAUAUCGUUCGACGGCUCGCCACAACGUGCUGCCACUGCACUCAUCAGCGAGCUCCACAUUAACGCCCGGCGCCUAUGCGCCUUAUGCGCACACUUCCACAACAAACCCAUACUAUGAAUCACAUCAUCUCAGCAGCAGCCAAGGCGCUGAGUCAAAUUUGACACACGGCGCUUCCACAGCCAGCCCGCCGCCAUUUCACACGCAUGCAGCUGCAUCGGCAUUGCAUAGAAUGCCGCCCCACAACAGCAGCCAACAUCACAUCGCCCAUGCGACGGCGACAAUUGAUGAAGAUGGCACCAGUCUCUUCUCACCACUCUCGCCUUGUACACCGCUCACCGCCGCCGUGGACAAGGACACACACAUAUUCGUGUACAAGGGGGCCAAGUCGAAAACAGCGCGUAAGCGUCUAAUCGCCAAUCAUGUUGGCGAGCUAAUGGCGGAGGUGCCGCGCCGCAUUUCAAUGGAUGUAAGCGAUGAGGAGGAUGCCAUUGGUUUAGUGGACGAGGUAGAGCGACGUCGACGUUGCUUGCGAGCUGUCACGAGAGAGCCCUGUACUGAGCCGGAGAUCGCCGGCGUGUCGACAGGUAGGGGUGCUGGCAGGUGUGGAGGAAGUGGUCGCGAUGACGCAGGGGCGUUGAGUAGUAGCGCAGAGGCUGAUAGCGCCGAAGAGGAUUAUCUGGAGUUGGAGAGUGGCAAGCGGAUGUCACAGGACCAAACAAAACGCACAAAGCCUUCCACAUUACGACGCACACUGAACGCACUCCGUCAGCGUUUGACACGUCGCAGUCGCACCAAACCACCCGAUUGGUUUCUCGAGAAAUUCUCCAAUACAAAUAAUGUGGAUAAAAUUGGCAAGACUUCAGCCGUUACAACAACGGCUGCAGUAGCGGCUAGCGAGGAAGGCGCUAGCGGUCCAACAGCAGCGAAUACAGCGCCAGCCGAUGAGGGUCUCUCCAGUGAAAUACGUGGCUCGAGUCGGCUAUGUAAUCGGUUAUCGGUGAAUCCGACACUGCAAUCGCAUUACAGGUGGCUUGGUAUUGUAUCGUUAGCGGUACUCUACAACAUAAUCUUCGUGGUGGGUCGUUCCGUUUUCUGGGAGAUAAAUCAUCGGGCGCCAACUUUCUGGUACUUCCUGGAUUAUUUAUGUGAUAGCAUAUAUCUCGUGGAUACCCUGGUGCAUAUGCAUGAGGGUUACUUGGAUCAGGGUCUGCUGGUGCGCGAUGCUUACAAAUUACGACGCCAUUACUUUCACACUAAAGGUUGGUCCAUAGACGUGCUCUCAAUGCUUCCCACCGAUCUCGCCUACAUUUGGUGGUCGCCGAGUUCUUGUAGCGCCGGCGGUUUGCCUUGUCCGGUGAUAGUGCGUCUAAAUCGCUUACUACGUGCUCCACGUCUCUGGGAAUGGUUCGAUCGUACAGAGACGGCUACUGGUUAUCCGAAUGCUUUUCGUAUUUGUAAAGUGGUGCUCGCCAUUUUGGUGUUGAUACAUUGGAAUGCCUGCAUGUACUUCGCGAUAAGUUACUAUCUCGGUUUCGGUUCGGAUAAUUGGGUGUAUAAUUUGAAUGGUCCACGGAAUAGCACUUUGCAACGGCAAUAUAUUUAUAGCUUUUAUUGGUCCACGUUGACGUUGACAACGAUCGGUGAGACGCCAACACCGGAGAAUGAUGCGGAAUAUUUAUUUGUGGUGGCAGACUUUCUGGCUGGUGUGCUGAUCUUCGCUACAAUUGUGGGUAACAUCGGUUCUAUGAUUUCCAAUAUGAAUGUGGCACGUGUCGAAUUCCAAAACCGCAUGGACGGCGUUAAACAGUAUAUGGCCUUCCGUAAAGUCGGUCAUGAAUUGGAGGCGCGUGUGAUACGUUGGUUUGCCUACACUUGGUCACAGAGUGGAGCGCUCGAUGAGGAACGCGUGUUGGCAGCACUUCCAGACAAAUUGAAAGCCGAGAUCGCCAUACAAGUGCAUAUGGACACACUGAAACAAGUGCGCAUCUUCCACGACUGCGAACCGGGUCUAUUAGAGGCGCUUGUGCUGAAGCUAAAACUGCAAGUCUUCAGUCCCGGUGACUACAUCUGUCGUAAAGGUGAUGUCGGCAAGGAGAUGUAUAUAGUGAAACGCGGCAAAUUGUCGGUGGUCGCAGACGAUGGCGUCACUGUGUUUGCGACACUUGGCGCCGGCUCUGUUUUCGGCGAAGUGUCAGUGUUGGAGAUUGCAGGAAAUCGCACCGGUAAUCGACGUACAGCCAAUGUACGUUCACUAGGCUAUUCGGAUCUCUUUUGUCUGGCGAAACGUGAUUUAUGGGAAACACUGUCCGAUUAUCCGGAAGCACGCGCCACGCUCACCGAACGCGGCUGUCAGCUGCUGCGCAAAGACGGUCUACUGGACGAGAGUGUUUUUGCGGAUUCACAACGGGCUCACGACAGCAUCGAAAGCGGCAUCGAAAAGUUAGAGAUGUCCGUGGAGAAUUUAAAUGUGCGGUUGGCGCGCUUACUUGCCGAGUACACAGCCAGUCAGGCGAAACUGAAGCAACGGCUGGCGAAACUGGAAUCAAACUAUCAAUUAACCCACAACUCCAAUGCCGGCAUCAGUGUCGCCGAACCGCAGGCACGUCCACGCAGCGGGCGCCUGUACUCGCUGCAACUGAAGAAGCGUACGCGGCAAAAACGUUUAACGGCAUCGACGAAAUCCAACGAGAGCAGCAAACAGAAUACGCUCUAAGCGUGCGACGCUGUUGUUGCAUAAGUGAUGCUCUGCGUUGUCAUGCCAAAACCAAUGCCCGCCAAGGCCAACAACAAUGGGCAACAAAUAAGCCAAAUGAAUGGAAUUUCAUUGCAAGCAGGAAGAAAACAUGCGGGGGUGCAAUAGCGAGAUGCGGAGGCAAUGACGGCAAAAACCACGCAAAGUGAAAGUAGGACAAAUGCGCGCCAAUUUAUACUUGGAUAUGUGUGGGGUGAGUGGGUAGUUGCUGCCCACAGGUUGAUGCGCCUUGUUGUUGUUUUCGUCAAAGUUGCCUAUUUUUCAAUUUUUAUUUCAACGAAUUUAAGCUAUAUGUUAUUGUCCGUUGGCCCUACAACCUAUUGCGCAAGACAACACCAACAACCACCACAUCCUUCCAUUCCAUUCCAUUCUUCAGUCAACUUGUACGUGCCGAUGCUCUGAGAUGCGAUACUAAAUGGUGAUAAAUGAAUUGAAAUUCACAAAACUUAAGUAAAUUGUAAGUUUAAGCUAAAAUGAAGAG